AUGGAGACGACUGUUGCUACCAUUGAUUUCGACUCUUUUGAUCACGGUUCAGCGGAUGAGAAGAAAAUCGUUGGCAACGCAAUUGCAGAGGCUUUUCGUCGUCAAGGAUUCUUGAAACUUGUCAACCACGGAAUUCCCCGCCAUACAAUCGAAGAGCUUUUUCGAUGGAGUGAACGCUUCUUUGCCCUCCCCGAUGCUAUCAAAGCCAAGGCGCCCCAUCCCCCCAACCCGAUACCCAAUCGGGGAUACAGCGGCGUCGGAUUGGAAAAUACGUCUAUUCAUGGAAGCCAGGAAAAUAAGGUGACAUUGAUUGACCUAAAGGAAUGUUUUGACCAAGGGGCGGAAGAUGACCGGCUCUACGCCAACAUCUGGUUGCCUGAAGAUGAUCUCCCAGGCUUCCGAAGCUUUAUGGAGGAGUAUUACCGCAUUGCAUACCAAUGCCAGCAGCGCAUUCUGGCUGCGCUCGAACUCGGGCUUGGGAUGGCCCCAAAGACCCUCACUGGUCGGCACAGCCGCGCCGAGAAUGAGCUGCGGCUGACACACUAUCCCCUGGUGCCAGUGAAGCAGCUUCGCGGUGGCAACUGCACACGCAUUUCCGAGCAUACAGAUUUUGGGACGAUUACCCUGCUAUUUCAAGACGCAGUCGGCGGUCUGGAGAUCGAAGAUCCGCUGCAACCAGGGCGGUAUCGACCGAUCGAGUCGACCGCGCUGGAUGAGAUGAUCGUGAACCUGGGAGACUGUCUACAGCAUUGGACCAAAGGCCAACUCCGGUCCACGCGCCAUCGAGUACACAUUGCGCAGUCCGACCUAGACGCCGACCCGAACGCUAUCCUUGCGGAGCGCUUCUCCGUCGCCUACUUUGCCAAACCCAAUCGCUCGUGCUCCAUUCAAUCCCUGGCAGCAGAAUGUCCGCCAGGGGAGCAGACGGUGGGGGAUUUUUUGUUGCAGCGAUCAUCUACCACAUAUGGAUAUGCUUAA